AUGGUCAGUCGGCGCAUCCCCCUGGACGGGAGGGCAGCUCUGUGCGUGACACUGGUUGUGCUCUUGGUCUUGACCAUUCUUCCCAGCCCUGCCCAGGCAAGCUGGGCGAAGGAGUUUGUCACGCGGUGCGGCAGCAUCGCCAUGCUGCACAGUGUCGGCAAAAGCGCGCGCGGCACCAAGCUCUGGGUUCUGGAGAUCUCGGACCGGCCAGGAGUUGAGGAGCCAGAGCCCAACUUCCGCUAUGUCGCCAACAUGCACGGGGAUGAGAUCAGCGGGCGGUGA